AUGCGCUCCAGCGGCUCAGGGCGGCGGUCUGACGGCGGAGGCCUCGGGCGACCUGCGACCGGGCUGCGCUGGCACCUCAAGCAGUCCGUGCUGACUCACGGAAAGGGUGUCCCGGCGGCGGCAUGGAAGCGCCGGUGGGGAUGCCGGGCCACGCGCGACCUCCGGCGGCAGAGCUACAAUCUAGGACCCGGAUGGACGCACCGGCGCCGCGCCCCCGGGGGCUCGCCGCCCGGUGCACGGCGCCCCCCAGCGGGCACGAGGGACAAGCAACGCCGCGCGCUCCCGGGCCCGCCGCACCCCCGGCCGCGCGCGCGCGCGCGCGCGCGGGUCACGGGAGCCCAGCCCUCCGCGCGGGCAGGCGGGAACCCGAGUCCUCUGCGCUGCGGGGGCGUGGCUGGGGGCGUGGCGCUUGGGGGCGUGGCUGGGGGCGGUGCGCUCCGAGUCCGCUGGCCGGCCGAGGUCCUGUUGCUGCGCUCGGAAGCCCCCGCGCCCGGAAGCCCCCACGCUCGGUCCCGAGAUGUCUGCCAGCAAGCGGGUGGCGAAGGAAGAAAGGCUCUGAAGACAGUUUACUCCCAAGUGGUAACAUCUGGAAGCAGCGAUCUGCACCUUCCUCCCACCCAGUACCUACAGAGCUUGGAGCUGGAGAGUCUCCAGGCAAAGCUUCCCCGGUACCUACGGAACCUGUUCAGCCAUGAUGCCGAUGUCCUGGUGUGGCACGCCCUCCUCCUGCCUGAGAAGCCACCCUACAACCUCAAGGCUUUCCACCUGCGCAUCAACUUCCCUGAGGACUAUCCGUUCAAGCCCCCUACGGUGACAUUCACCACCAGGAUCUACCACCCCAACGUGGGCCACAACGGAGAGGUUUGCCUGCCCAUCAUCAGCAAGGAGAACUGGAGUCCUUACACCAAGACCUGCCAAGUCUUGGAGGCCCUCAACGUGCUGGUGAACAGACCAGACCUGGGGCAGCCGGUCCGGUUGGAGCUCGCAGACCUACUGAAGCAAGAUCCGGAGCUGUUCCACAGGGAGGCCAGGGAGUUCACCCUCAAGUAUGGAGUCGACCGGCCCUCCUAACUGGUUCUGACCCCUCUCUUUGCCGGAUCCUCUCUGUGUGACGGGCGGACAUUUCAUGGAAGCUGUGGGGGGCUGGGGCAGGGGGGAGGGGUGCGGCUGGAGCCUCCUCUCAUUUGUUCCAUGUUUUCCUUCUUAAGUAGCUAGUCAUUAGCCUGUGUGUGUGUGUGUGUGUGUGUGUGUGUGUGUGUGUGGCAUGGACCCAUUCCCACGUUCACCUGGCCACAGUGUGCUUUUCCUGCUCUUUCUCUGCCCCAGAGGCAGACGAGUUCACGUUUGUGCAAUUACAGGCCAGCUCUCCAGGGCUCCGUGGUCUCACAGACACACGUCGCCUUCAGGCCAGCUGGUAGGAAGUGAGCCUAGAGCCGCCUCGCAUCCCCCUAGGGCCCAGGCAGAGGGGCAGAGGGGAUGUGAGGAGUAUGGAGGGGGGGCAGGGCACUUGGAGAGAAUCAUAUUUACACUUGAGUGAUUUGUUUAUUGAGUAUUUGAAGUCAGCCAGACUGCUAAUAGGUACUUCAUUUCUAGAUUUAUGCGCGAAACCUUUCCUUUUCCCCUGAUGAAUCAUGAAGUGAAGAAUCUAAUCUCUAUCCAGAAA